AUGGAGGAGGCUGGCAAUGGAUAUGCCCUUACUGAGUUGUAUGGCGGGGCGAUGAAAGUCCUGAUACCAAAGGGAUUCACAAACAUGGGGUCCAUCUAUCCAAUCCCAGAUAACCAGGAAGUCUUCCGAUCCACCUCAACAAAGACCAACAUCAUCAUCGAGCUGGUUGAACGACUAGAACCAGACUCAUGUACUCUACCAGAAGAGACGGCAGCUCAGUUGGAAACCUUAGAUGCCAAUAAAGAUGACCUAAGUGCCGUCUUAUAUCAUCUCCAUGAUAUGUGCACCUCCAACGGGGACAGUUAUGAGAUUCUCGACUCGCCAAAGCCGUACCCUGUCCAAUUGAUACCGGCACCAGCAUAUACCUGCCAGGCACUGGUAACAUCGAAAGGGAAAUUUUCCGAUAGCCAGCGUAUGCCAAACAUGCUAUCACAAAAUGCGGGACCAACGCCAUCAUCUGGUUUAACAGCUGCUGCGCCGGCGGCCGAACGUGAAUCAACGUCUACUUGUCACUUCUUCCUUGUACGGCUCGCUCAGUACGGUACUGAUAUACUCGUUUAUAUCAACGUUCCUCACGACAUGCUUGAGGAAUCUGGGGUUCCCGGUGCGGUUGCCCAGGAGGAGAUGCGCGCCCAUGGAAUCAUGGCCAACAUGAUGCGGUCCCUGGGAGUGGUUGAUUAUAGUCUCUUCGGGAGUUAA